AUGACUCAAGUCAACCAAGGUUAUACUGAUCAUUCAUUCUCCGAUGAUGUUUGCUAUGAAAUAUUGUCCUUCCUGGGUGAUGAUUGGAAAUUCGUAUUGACGAAAUGUACAUUAAUUUCAAAACAAUGGUUAGAAGUUAUCAAGCAAAGAUCAAAACUUUCUGCAUGCUUCAGCAAUCCGAAGGUCAACCGUGUGAUGGAAAAGGGAUUUUUACAUUAUUUCGUCAAGAUUAAGUUUAAAAGCGUUUAUAAACUAAAUGAUGAAUGGUUUGAUGUUUUUGAAAAGAUGAAUCAAUUGACUGAGCUUCAAAUUGAUUGGGUUAGAGAAAUAGAUUUGAAAAGAAUUGUUGAUUUGAAACAGUUGACAAAGCUUUCUGUUUGUUCUUGUACUGAAGAUGUGGAACAGGUUAAACUUAUUGGUGAAAUGAAACAAUUGACUGAAUUGAAAAUAUCUUCCAACAAAUUUGGCGAUGAAGGAGCAAAAAUUAUUGGUGGAAUGACACAGUUGACUAAAUUAGAAAUUAAAAGUAACAGAAUUGGAAAAUUGGGUGCAAAAGCAUUGUGUAAUUUGAAAGAACUGAAAGAACUACGUAUCUCUGAGAAUGCUCUUGGAGCAAGUGGAGCCAAAUCAAUCAGUCAAUUGAAACAAUUAACCACCCUCACAAUUGAUUACAAUCAAUUGGGUCCAGAAGGAGCCAAAGCAAUUAGUGAAAUUCCAAACUUGACCAAUUUGAGUAUAUGCAGCGAUCAGAUAGGUGCUGCAGGUGCUAAAUCAAUAAGCAAAAUGAAACAAUUAUUAACACUCAGUGCAGAUGGAAACGCUAUUGGCGAUAAAGGAGCAAAGGCAAUUGGUGAAAUGAAACAAUUGACCAGUCUUCAUCUUAGUUUCAAUCAUAUUGGUUUUGAGGGUGCUAAAGCAAUUUCUGAGCUUAAAAACUUGAGAUAUCUCAAUAUGACAACCAAUCCGCUCAGUAGUGAAGGUGCUCAAUUACUUCAAAAUAUGAAAUUGCCAAAACUUAUAAUUGAUUUCAAAUUUCAAAAUUAA